AUGGUAACAAAAAUUAUAUGGAUCUUCCUAACAGCGCUGAUCGCCGUAAAUGCUGAUCUCAUCCCGUACGGCGAGGGCUAUGGGGAUCAAUUUAUCCCGUUUUCGGACGAACCCGUUGCCACCGUCCUCAGAUAUCCAUUUGUUUUGUUUCGCGAGCGAUACCAAGAAUUCUACAUUUCUCCGCAUGGCGCGGUCAGCUUUGAAACACCGUUGAGCGGUAAGUCCUGUUGUUUAGGCUUAGGUUUGGAUAUUUGUGAAGAUUCCCGGUACAGUAAUAUUAGAGUUUUGAUGGGAAUAGGAACCGACUCGGAUUGUAAAGUAAUUCUCAAUUUCAGGCUUGGAGGAACUCGACAAUAAAAAUGUGAUUGCUCCGUUCUACGCGGAAGCCAAGUCAGGCCACAUAUACUUCCGAAUUGACUACGCAAACUCGGCAUUGGAUCGGAAUAUAACCCGAAAAUUGAAGAUGGCCUUUGACAUCAAAGAUUUUCACGCCACGGAACUUGUUCUUGUUACGUGGGAGGACGUGGAAGGAGUCGGAGUCAAAGGGAUGAACACUUUCCAGGUUUGUUUACUGUCUAUGAUAUUUCUGUAUUUGUUAAAAAAACAAAAAAAAAUCUUAUUUUGAAUUUUUUUUCAGCUUGGCUUAGCGACCGAUGGAGUUACAUCUUAUGCCAUUUUCACUUAUUCAAAGUUGGACUACGCCUUUUCCGGAACCAAAUUCGUCCAGAUUGGGUUCUGGGGUCGUGGAGAGGACCCGGUAUUUGGAUUCAACUCGGGAAGUGAGUCCGCUCGAGACUUGGAUAAGUGAGUUAUUAACGCGUAUUACCAAAAUUCUUCAUGUUUAAAGUCAUCAUGUUUUUUGACUUUACUCUUUGGCAUGAUUUAGGAUGGCUUAUGCGGGAGAGAAAGGACUGUAUGUCUACUACACCGUGGGAAGGCCAGAAUUGGGGCAAAAGCCAAUGGAAGACGAAUACGAUUACAAAGAGAUGGAGAAAGAGUACGACGAGCUGAGCGAUGAGGACGAGGAGGUUGAACAGCCAAAAGGUAGCGUUUUGUAUUGCAUACGCUGAAAGCGGAAAGCGCCUGCAGCUUUUGCGGGCUCCUUACACCCAUAAAGAAUUUCUAAAUGUAUAAUAUUUUCUUUCACUGCCUUUGCCCAUUUUUGACCGUAUUUUAGACUGUCCUCCCGAUCCGUAUGGAGAAAAUUGUCCCGACCAUUGUUCGCGUCCCGUUGAUAGUCGUGGCUGUCGUUUGUGUGUUUGUGCUGAUCCAUCCGGUCCUCGUUAUUCUCCAAAUGGUAAAUUUUGUGUUCCGUAUCUCCCAUGAUCUUUCACAUUGUGAAAAUAUCAGCAAAAUUCGGCGUUAUGCGCAAUAUUUUGCAGGAUAUCAGCCAGGAAAUCCGAAUCCAGCCCCAGCAAAUGUUGGGGGAUCGGCCGGUCUUACCUGCUCUCAGACGCCAUCAUCCGAGGACGAAAAAUGCCAUCCCAGCGCUCGAUGCGAAGCAAAUGGUCCUGGAUUUUGUUGCCAAUGUGCUGAUGGAUAUCUGGGCAAUGGAAAGAAGUGCUACGCAAAAUGUAAGAUUACUAAGCUAAAGUAUUUAUCUCACACAAAUAUGUCAAUGGUCAAACGAUUGAAUAAAUUUUUGCAGCAACCGCGGUCCGAGUGAACGGUUUCUUGGAAGGCGCUGUCAAUGGGAUUCCCGUUGAACGCACUGAAUUCUAUGUGUAUAUUACGCCAGAAGCCGGUCAACAACAUACCACUAUUCCAAAGAUUUCGUCGACUGUUGGUGUCAGUCUGCAAUUUUUGGAUGAAAUCGCUAAUGUGAACGAUUGGCUGUUCGCCAAGGUCGAAAGCCAUAACGCCAAAAAUGGGAUUCAACUAACUGGCAAGUUUUAGCCGUUUUUAAUAGCUAACUGGAAAUGGGUUGUAUGUACAAAAGCCGGACAAAAGAUCGGCCUUUCAUCUUCAACUCAUACUGCCUUUUCAUCUUCAACUUUUAGGAGGUCGCUUCAAUCAAAGCAGCACAAUUUCAAUUGGCGACAAGAGCCAUUUGGUGAUCCGCCAACAAUUCCGCCCAAAACCCAACAGCGAUGACCUUGAAGUGGAGGUCUCGAUCAGUGGCACAAUCCCCGACCUUCCAUAUGGCUCCACCAUCGAGUUCAGCGAGUUUGACGCCAAAUUCACCAAGUCCGAGCCGGGCCGACUGCGAUCGUACGCCGACAGACAUGUUGCCGUCACCUCGGACGGAGUGGAAAGUCAAUACAGGAUUACUGUUGACCAGCAAAUCCGGUACGAUGAUUGCCCGUAUGCACAAAGUGGAGAGGCUGUCUACAUGGUGCAUACGGAUCGGAUUAGUGGAGUUUAUGAGCCGAAGGACGAGACGUUGAGAUUUGGGUCACAAAGUGUGGUGUAUAAUGAGGAAGACUCGGCAAAUGCGAAUAGUCGAAGAAGGGUGAGUAAAAAUUUAUUUUACUGUGGAGCAUGGUACUUAUGCAUUAACCAAAAUGAACAUGGAUCUUCCUAAAUGUUUUUGAGACAUAUAUGGGUGUAAUGACCUGCACUUGUACUAUGAUUUGAUUAGCUUUGACCUUCACUCACUUUUGUAGAAUCCCUGCUCUGGAACUCACGUCUGUACGGAGCAGAAUAUGAAAUGCGUUCCAGAAGAAUCCACCUACCGUUGUGUUUGUGAAGAUGGCUAUCAAAUCGAACGAGACAGCACAGUGCAAGCCCAGUUCCGAUGCAUUGAUCGCAAUGAAUGUGCGCAGCCAGGGAUCUGUGAUCGAAAUGCCGUCUGCGAGAACUCGGUUGGAUCCUACACUUGCACUUGCCGAGAGGGAUUCGUUGGAGAUGGCCGUUCUUGCCGACGUAAGCGACUCACUUUUCAUUAUAUUUAACGCCGUCUUAGCUGAAGGGGAUCCCGGACCAGCAGCUCCAGCGGGCAGCACCGCCUGUACGGAUCAUAAGCAAUGCCAUCAAUGGGGCGAAUGUGUGUUCUCGCAAAGUGGCGAGCCGGGUUACUGCAAAUGUCGGGGAUGGUAUGUUGGCGACGGAGUCAGUCAUUGCGGCCCUCCCGACCCGAAUGCACAUCAAGAAGGGCGUUGCGGCGUACAUGUUUGUCAUGAGCACGCGGAAUGCCGCCAGAAUGAAGGUGGACAGGUGAGGGUUUUAACUACUGUAAAAUAGUACAUAACUAUUAUAAUAUCUGCAUAUAUUUUACUGUCAAAUUUCAGGAUCUUUGUGUCUGCAAAUCGGGAUAUCACGGCAACGGGGUCAGCUGCGUUCCCCUUCCGCAUCAACCGGUCAGAGUUCCGGAUCCCCGAGGCUCUGCCACCGCGGGUACGGUAUGUCGAACCGAUCAGGAAUGCUCCGAGAACGCCCAAUGCGCGUACAGCGCUCAUCUCGGGUACUAUCGGUGCGAAUGCAAACCUCCGUAUUACGGCGAUGGCACUGAUUGUAUCUUGGACGAAAGCCGGCCAGCUCCAGAGACUUGUGAGACACGACUGGGCUGUCAUCGACAUGCACUGUGCGUGGCUACCGGGCAAAGAGAGCCAGCGGCUAGAUGUCAAUGUCUUCAGGGAUACGAGGGGAAUGGGUUUGAUUGCGUAGAGGAAAAGGAAUACAAAAGGCUUCAUGGCGAAGGUAGCAGUUCUUCUAUGUAAUCAGCCUAAAAAACGUGCCUGUAUGGCCAAAUUUUGAUAAGCAGCGUACAAUCUGAAAUGGCUGAAAAUUCAAUUUCAGGAGAAGCGGUUCAUUAUGGCGGCCCUCAGCAGCCUCACGAGCCACAGGUGGUCCCGAAACACGCAUGCAAAGACCAGUCUGAGUGUCAUCGUUUUGGCCGAUGUAUGCUGACCAGUGACGACGACCCCAUAUUCUAUUGCGCUUGCGCUGAUGGUUACAGAGGAGACGGCUUUCAGUCGUGUGUUCAGGUGGACAACGAAUGUGAUCCGACGAAUGCAUUCGCCUGUAAUAGCAAUGCUCAGUGCAGAUUGGUCCAUAACAAUGAAGCGCAUGCUUAUUUAUGCGAAUGUAAUAAAGGUAUGGAAUUUGGGAACUGAAAUUGGUUUUUAUGAAGUGCAGCGGGUAUGGGAAAUCUACAUAAAUUCUAAAAAUUGACUCUUACAUCCAGCACAAGAUGUUUUUGUUUUGAUUUUCAGGCUAUGUAAAGCAUGGUGAACAUUGUGUGCCGGAACACACACCAAUCAUCGACACUCCAGUGGAUGUGGAGCCGGUUCCAGCUGCCCCAUCGCCUGGACAAUGCGAGGCUUGCAGUCCGCAAGCGUACUGUCACAGACAUCCAGACGGCGUCAAUUACAACUGUGUAUGUCACGCCGGCUAUGUUGGUGAUGGGAAACGCUGUAGCAAGGCGAGAUCUUGUGUUGAAGACAGAGGACUUUGUAAUGCGAAUGCACAAUGCCUCCCGGAUUCAAGGAAUCAGUACGUUUGCAGUUGCAACUACGGGUUCCAUGGCAAUGGAUAUGUUUGCAAUCGUAAGUGGACCUUUGAACUUUCUUUAUAAUGGCUCGCCAAUAAAUUUAAAUUCAACGGAUUUUCAAUGCGCUUGUUGUGGAAAAUUUUCGUAUCUAAUAGCGCCAUUUUAAACAAAUUUCUUAUUGCUACUUGAUCAAUCUUCUCUUCUCAAACAGAUAAAAAUAUAAGAUAUACUUACUUUUAGCCACUCCCGAGGACCAACCAGGCUCUCUCCUCAUUGCCCGAGGCAUGUCGAUUAUUCAGCGGCCGACGAGGGAGGAUGUUGUGGGCCGACAACUGGUUGUGGUACCGCAUCAAGUUGUUGUUGAUAUCGGAUAUGACUGUGUUUCCCAACGAAUUUAUUGGUCCGACAUUGGCGGAGCGACCAUCAAGUCGGCGUGGGUCAAUGGAACGGAUAUUCAGACUGUGUUUAAGGUGAGAUAUAGUCAAACGUGAAGUUUUAGAAGGAGCAAAAUGUCAAAAUUUUUAAUUGAUUUUUGUUCCUUGACACGAAUUGACAUCAAUUCUGUUUCAGUCAGAUCUAAAAUCCCCCGAGGGCAUUGCCAUUGAUUGGACGGCUCGCAAUAUUUAUUACGCUGACUCGAUGAAGGAUGAGAUUGGAGUGAUUACAAUCGAUGGGAAAUAUCGAAAGACCUUGUUAACGGAGGGUCUAGUCAAUCCCAGAGCCUUAGCCAUCGACCUGGAAAGGCGGCAUCUGUUUUAUUCCGAUUGGUAUCGUCAGCGACCUCACAUCGGACGUCUAAAUUUGGAUGGAACUGGGCAUAAAGCGGACUUCAUCCGCGACGACAUCGGACUCCCCAACGGAUUGGUUGUCUUGCAGAGAAGACGGGAGCUGUGUUGGGUUGAUGCUGGGAAACAAGUCUUGGCCUGCACAAACCUUGAGGGCCAGCAAAGAAGAGUUGUAUUCGCGCCGUUGGAAUAUCCGUUCGGCCUGACUCAUGAUAACGAAGAGACUUUCUAUUGGACGGAUUGGAAAGAGUGAGUUAGGCCAUUUCGGAGAACUGCUGAGACUUUUUCUCAAUUUUAUUUCCACAAACUUUUAUUUAGACUUCUUAACAAUUUAAAAUUCGCUAAAAUUUUAGUCAUCAAAUCCACUCUGUAAGUGUCUAUGGAACAAACCACAAGAGCUUUGUCCCAAGUGCAGCAGGAAAAGGGAAACUGUAUGGCAUUCAUAGCUUGGAUCAGCAUUGCCAAGGCAGUAAGUGACAUUUUUAUAUCAGUCUGUCGGGAAAAUAACGGCGGAUCGUCGCGCCUCGGAAUCGCCCAUUAUCGCUUUGCGACUGCAAGCAGCGACUUGGGAUUUGGUGCGCGAUAGCGGCGAGGCGAGACAUUUUGCUGCGACGAUCCGCCGUUAUUUUCCCGACAGACUGAUAAUGUAUCCUCUUAAAUGUCAUAAAACAUUGUGUUCCUUGAAUUACGUGAUAUUUCAGAAGCCAACGAAUGUACGAACCAGCAGAAUAAAGAGAAUUGUCACAUCUGUCUGCCAACUCAACGCGGUGCCGCGUGCGCUUGCCCGGAUAACGUCAACGAUCUACAAUGCUAA